AUGGCAGACGUGGGAAUAUCCGCUCCUAAUGGCGAUUCAGCAACAAACGUAGAACCAAAGCGACAUGCAGCUUGCGAUGAGUGCAGGAAACGAAAGCUGAAGUGCUCUGGAGAUCUUAGUGGCUGCUCCCGCUGCUUGAAGCAGUCUAUUCCAUGUCAUUACUCCAUACAGAAGCCUAUGGGCCGUCCACCCAAGAAAAGGGCUCGCGCCGAUGACGAUGCACCUGAUCUCUCUACCCAAUCCAAUAAUACUACAUUCUGGCCCACUCCAGGCGAUACACCAUCAAACUCCUUUCCUAUAGCUCCAGACACUAUCUCUGCAGACGACGCACAUCACCUAUGUCCACAACUAUUCUGGCAAACUCUUAGUCGCUCGUCUUCAUCACAGCCCACGCCACCCGAUCUUCUACUGGCAGGAGAUGAAGACCACAUCCAAGCCCUGCAGCCAGAUAGGCUGAAGAAUCCCAACCUUCCUGUUCCUGCAUUCUCAAGUCCUUGGCCAGACUUUUCCACUGUGUCUCAAUCAUCAGCUAUGCCCUUCGCCGCGCCAACAAGCUUCUCCGAUAUACCCUCCCUCCCACUUACCCCACCAUCUAUAUGCUCGGAUCCCGCUGCGCCCCAAUGUACAUGUCUAUCCUAUCUCUACCUCUGUCUCAGCCAUAUAUCGUCCAUCGCCUCUUUCCCUGUCAACAAUCAUACCCUUUGCUCCCUCUAUAUCGCGGCCCGAACAGCGCAGGACGUCAUUCGCUGCGAAGCUUGUCCGAAAAACUUUUCCACUGGUGUCCAGAACGUAAUGUUCACCGGCACAUUGUUGACAGUUGUCGCAGAUGCCUGGCUGCGCGUGUCGAAUAGUGAUCCUGUCGAGCUAGGGAUGCAGUCCGCCCCGCCAGAUUAUGCCUCCCGCGUUCUGCAAAGCGCUGAUCCAGCACAGAUGUGGAAUGACUGGCUGCGACAGAUAGUGCGUCGAGCCGUCAUUGGUGGCCCAUAUGAUCCUAAUGGUUUGAAUGCCCACCCCCAGUGCACUGGCCAGCCACCUCUCAUCGAUCUUAUCAAUGAAGUUGAGGAUCGGCAGCGCCGAUGGCAUAAGCAUGGUGAACAUCCGCUCAAGCACAAUAAUCCUUUUCAGAGUGAGAAUUUCGAGCCCCAGUCUGGUGAUGAAAAAGAGCUUCUUUGCAUGCGUGUUGUUGGUAGUGCUCGCGCAGUUCUUUCGAAGUUCAAUUUCGAACCCCAUGAAUUUCCUGAAGGCCUUACUCCGGAGACAUUGAAUACAAGGGAGCAGGGAGUCAUUCCAGCAUCCAAUUAA